GACUGAAAACAAACGACCCUAAUGGCUCAUGAGGAGAAGCGCCCAUGGGAGUUUUCUUUAUCUCUUCCAUGGGAGUUGAUUGAAGAGAUACUCUCUCGUGUCCCACCAGAAUCUCUUCUUCGCUUCAAAACCGUAUCGAAACAAUGGAACGCUCUCUUCCGCGAUAAGACGUUCAUCAAUAACCACAAGAUGACGUUUCGAUUCAUCUUAGCAACCAAAUCCAAGAUUUAUUCGGUAAGCAUCGAUCCCAAGAUAGUUGUGCGUGAGUUAACCUUAGAUAUUCCCGGUUUAGAAUCUCAUGAGAUACCUAAAAAAUUGGUUGAUUGCGAUAAGUUAUUACUAUGUGACAUGGAGAAAGGAGUUGUGCUUUGGAACCCGUGGCUGAGACAUAGUACAUGGAUCGACCAGGGUUCAAACCACACUCGAAUGGAGUCUUAUGGCAUAGGAUACAACAAUAAGGGGAGUUACAAGAUCUUUGCUUUUUGUGAUCGGAAGGAAAACCACACCCAGAGAUUGUUGACAAUCCAUGACUCUGCCUCUGAUGCGUGGAAAGACCGCGAGCCUAUUGAUAAUAGUCAGGGAAAACAAAUUGUUCAUAACAUAUACACUAAAAUUAGUGGUGUAUCAUUGAAUGGAAAUUUGUAUUUGGUUACUUAUUUUGAAACGACUGAUCUCGUGUACCACCUAAUUGAAAUCAAUUCUUCGAGCGAAAGCGUCGUGAAGUUUUGUGAUCUACCAUGUGGGACGUCGAACUUUCUUAAGGAUGCUUUCGUCCUUAGGGUUUUCGAGGGAGAUCGAUUUUCAUUGUUAAAGCAAUGCCAUGCAACAAAGAAGAUUGAGAUUUGGGUGAGCAAGUACAAGAUUAAUAAUAAUCUUGAUAGAGAUGUGGAAUGGAUAAAGUUCAUGGAAGUUUCAAGUCCUAACUUGCCGGAUUUAGUAGAUGGAUUCGACUCUCAGCCAAGUUACUUUAUUGAAGAUAAAAGGCUCGUCGUGUGCUCGUGCAACGAAACUGGUCGGGCUUGGAUCUAUGUUUUCGGAGAAAAUAAGUUGAUCAGUAAAACUCAAAUUGAUUCUGUGGUGGAUCUUUGGCCUUCACACUGGACCUUUAUUCCCAGUUUGGUACCGGUUCCUCGAGCUCAAAGAGAAGAACCAGCAGAAUUACAAGUUUGAUUUUAGUUACAUUUUAGCUUCUUGUUUGGUUGUUGAGGAAGCUAAAUUUUAUUUGGAUUUCAGUAUUUUUAUUCACAAACCAUCUUCUUUGUUGCUGAUAAUUGAUUAAUCUCCCUUUCUUUGUUUUGUAGCUUCUUUUGGCAAAAUAAAUUCUUAAUAAUGUAUCCUUUAGAUAAAUCUAGAGAGAAUGUUUAAGGACUC